UUUUGUGCCUUGUGGCUUUAGUUUGAACCGGUGGUUUUUGGGUCCCUGCGGGCUCCUUCCCCUCCUACUUAAGGGCAUCUCGCAAACCCAGACUCCGUUACAGCUCACUGUCUUCCCUCUCCCUCACUCCAAUGGCAGCUAACCGCCACCUUCACCACCACCACCACCACCACCACCACCACAAUGCCGACUACCACCAAAUUCUCCUCCACCUCCUCCUCCUCCUCUCCCUCAUCACUACUCUCGCCUCCUCCGCCUCCGCCUCCGCCCCCGCCCCCGCCCGUGUCCCGGCUAUCAUCGUGUUCGGCGACUCGACGGUGGACGCCGGCAACAACAACGGCAUCGGCACCAUGCUGAAGAGCAACUUCCGGCCCUACGGCCGCGACUUCGCCGGCGGGCCUACGGGGCGGUUCUGCAACGGCCGCAUCCCCCCCGACUUCAUCUCCGAGGCCUUCGGCCUCCCGCCUCUCGUCCCCGCCUACCUCGACCCCGCCUACGGCAUCCGCGACUUCGCCCGCGGCGUCUGCUUCGCCUCCGCCGGCACCGGCCUCGACAACGCCACCUCCGACGUCCUGAAGGUGAUACCUCUAUGGAAGGAGGUAGAAUACUUCAAGCAGUAUCAACAGCGGCUGCGGCAGUACGUCGGCCUCGCGCGGGCCAAGUACAUCGUCAGCGAAGCCAUCUACAUCGUGAGCAUCGGCACCAACGACUUCCUCGAGAACUACUUCCUCUACAUCACGGGCCGGUUCGCGCACUUCAGCGUGGGCGAGUUCGAGGACUUCCUCGUCGGCCUCGCCGCAGAGUUCCUGACCGAGAUCUACCGCCUGGGCGCUCGCAAGAUAGUGUUCGCGGGGCUCAGCCCGAUGGGGUGUUUGCCGCUGGAGCGAACUACAAAUAUUUUGCACGGCGGGGAGUGCAUUGAGGAGUACAACGCGGCGGCGAGGGAGUUCAAUGCGAAGCUGCAGCAUAUGAUGGAGGAGUUGUGUGCUGCGUUGCCUGGGCUGAAGCUACGAUACACACCUGUUUACGAUAGCCUCGACUCGAUCAUUCAGAACCCUUCUGCGUAUGGUAUUGAGAAUGUGGCGGAGGGAUGUUGUGCGACAGGCAAGUUCGAGAUGGGUUACCUGUGCAAUGAAAAGAACCCCUGCACCUGCCCCGACGCCGACAAGUACUUAUUUUGGGACGCAUUCCACCCUACUGAGAAGGUCAACCGUCUCAUGGCUAAUGUCACGCUACAGACGAGCAUGAAAGAGUUCCUAUAGUUAAUAAUAAGCUACUCUUGAUUAUUGAUCAGUUGUAUAUGAUCUUACUUUCUUUUAAUAAUUUCUUAAUGAAUGAUAUGAUUAAAAAAAAAAAAAAUUACAUCAUGCAUAUAAAUGAAUGUUCGUUUUAAACCGGUUCCGGGUCACCCACGAUGAGCAAAUCUCACUCAAUCCGUUAAUGUUAGAUUUUGGUUUUGUUCUGUAUUUAUCUAAA